AUGGAAAUGAACAAAGGAUGGGGCUGCGAUAUCGCUCUUUGGCAAGUCCACGAUACGGAGAAUGAUUGCGAUCUGAUCAUCCGAUCUAAUUCUGGCCACGUAUUCUACUGUCAUAUUUGCCCCAGUCAAUUCAUUCGAUCUCCGUCCGUCGAAGCGCAGUAUUUCAAGUGUCUCCAGCUCUUGAGAUCUGGCGAAGUCGAAAUCGACGAUUUCUAUGAGGAUGACGCAUUCGAGUGGCUGUUGGGCUGCUUUGAGCCUUUAAUAUCCAAUCUCGCAUCGUCCUCGGGCCCUGAGGUCGUUGCAGAACCAACAUUGGCCGAUUACUUCUUCCCCAAACAAGCCUUUGUCUGUAACUUGACCGCCGUGGAUGACAAGUUAAUGCCCCAAGACCUUGGCACAAAGAACCACGAUUGGGGUAGCCCUAUCGUCAAGUUCGAUGCUGAUUUCCUACAAGAUCUCAUCACUUGGACUGAAUGCUACACACCAUCUCAAGUUAAGAUAUGCUACGCCGGACCAGACGAGAGUUUGAUCAAACCGCCGAAGCGUACCGCCGUAAUUGGUGAAGAUGGGCAUUCCAUCACUUGCUUCUUCAAGAGGUUUGGACUUACCUUUGGCCCACGGCAUGCAAGAGAGGAACUCACGACAUUGAGGAAGAUCAUCGAGGCCCAGAUACCCCCAGCUCCCGAAGCAUAUAUCUGCCGUGUCAUAGGCGUGGUUCGGGAAGGCGAUGGAUUGCUUGGAAUGUUAUUCACCUGGAUACCUAGCAAGGGCGUGUUGUCAAGGGCUCGAGCUUCAGUGAGUCCUCCAGAGUUGAGAAAGCGAUGGGCUUCUCAGAUCCAUGGAUCAGUAGAUCUUCUACACCAGAAGGGCAUCGUGUGGGGUGACGCCAAAGCAGCGAAUGUUCUCAUAGAUCAGAAUGAUGAUGCUUGGGUUGUUGAUUUUGGAGGAGGUUACACCGCGGGCUGGGUAGAUGAAGAUAAGGCUGGGACAUUCGAAGGUGAUAGGCAGGGCCUAGCGAAGAUUCUUGAUAUGUUGGUGCAACUUGAGUAG